AUGCCGGCCGCCAAAACAUGGAAGCCGUUGCCGGUAGCCAAUGUGGCGAAAGCUGCCGCAAUUCGCAAACCCGCAGCUUCCCCUUCGUCCGUCAGCUUGCUCCUCGAGGAUAAAAGGACGGACGAGACAGACACGAACCGUGCUCCCCUCACCCUCAAAUUGCCGCUCAAGACGAAGACAGUCGGCGAGUCUCACGACGAUUCAUCAGGCGAGGAUAACACGAUGGUCGAAGUCAGGAGGGACAGGGGAGAAGGUCGAGGAGGGGAUAGCGAUCAGGCUGGGCCUAGUCGUAAACGUCGCCGAAGUCACGGGGAGGAUGAUGCAGGCGAGGAGCCGGAAGCCAGGAGGAGGAAGAAGAAGCCGCUGCCGCGGAGGCGGCAGAUUCGCGAACAUCUGCUGGUUCGCCAUUGGCGAGACGAAGGAUGUGACACGUGCGUCAGUCAAGGCAUCGAAUGUGUUCCGCCAGAGGCAGAUUCGAAACAAGAGAAGUGCGACGACUGCGCAGCAAGAUCGAACGAGUGCAGCGGAAGAUGGAUCACAAAGCAGGAGAACGUCAGCAAGAUGCACAAUCUGCUGACGGGCCGAAAUCCUUUGCAGAUCGACGACGAGUGGGUCGAAGCAGAGAUCAAAACAUUCGGCAACUAUCUAGGAGGCCCCUGGGAUAAGCAAGUCCUUCCUUCUCGCCCCAACGAUCUCGUCCCGAAGCAACUCGUCCUCAAGAAGAGGCUCCUCAACCUCGCCCCCAAUGUCUCCAUCCCCUUCGUCAACCCCUGCCCUCGGUCGAUCAAUGCCACCAUCGGCUCCUGCGCCAUCGACGGAGGCGUCCGCGCUUUCCCAAAGCGAGCGCGAAGAACUUCAGUGGUACCGCGAAAUGUAUGCGGGCAGCUUCCUGGUCGUCCCGACGCCUCGUGA